AAGUUGCCCUGGAGGGAACCUGGGAGCUUUACAAACAGGCGUUGCCUUCAAAGGGAGCCCAAGACACAGAUCAGUGCUAUGGUCAAGUCCAGGAACUAUUGCACACAGUCUUUUUGUUCUUUGACUGUUGUAACUCGGUAAAAUGGGCCUGAGCUACUCCAGGGCUCAUCAUAAGGUGACAAAAGUGGCACCAGUGCAAACCAGAGAGGAGGUGCCUACUUCCCCUUGCACGGCCGCCGUGUGUGGAUUUCACAGCACCCUGGAAGAGAGACGUUUAUGCUCAUUUGCAGCCAUGGAAGAGCGAAAUCCAGUGUUUCAAAGGCAGCUUCCACCCCUAAGAGAAACUCUGUAUGGCAGAUGCUCCACAGUGCCCAGACCCAUUUCUUUUGACAUCAUGAUGGAAAAGGGAGAAACAAGUAUUAUUAAACAGCAUCCGCCUCGAAGACUCCAAAAGCUGGAACCCGCUGACCUGCCACAAGUAAUCGCUUCCGAAAAGCUCCUCAGGCAGCAGGAAGGGGCAGCGGCCCGAAAAGCAAAGGAGCUGGAGAAGCGAGUGCAAACUGCAAAAUAUACGUCUGGAAGACGACAGCACUUACACAAGCUGCAGAUGUUAGAAAUGAACCGCAAGCGAGAAGAGAUGAAUCAUUUACAAAGCCAGGAGGCACUGAAGAGAAGUCUCCACAGGGAGGAAAAAACCAACAAACAAAAAACGAGGGAGCUCAAGGCUAAGAAAGUCCUCGAAACUCUUCAGAGAAACAAUUGCUCUGAAGGUGAAGACCUUGUCCCCAUUGAGCAUGAUCAAACUUUUAAUGGAGACCAGGGAAAUACAUGGGAUGGAGAAUUCUUGGAGCGACACGAGAUGGCUGAAUCCUAUCCCAGCCAGAACAGUAAAGUGGAAAUGUGGUUCGUAAAGCACCAGGAGCCACAAGAUCUAUUUUGGGACAGCUCUAGCACUGACUCGGAUGACUGGAGAAGAGAAGAGAGAAAGCUGGGUCGCAGACCUGCACUAGUGAGAACCAAGACGGAGAGAAUCCCUCUGUUUGAUGAGUUCUUUGAUAAGGAAUUCUAACUGCAAAUGAGCCGGGUGGGACUGGAGUCAUGCACUGAAAAAGCUCAGUUCUCGGAUUAUGCUUUAAACCCACUGGAUGGAUAGACAGCCGCUGUUAAGAAUAACUUCUCUUGUGAAGUAAAUAGAGUUUGUGCAAGUAUGAAGAAAUACAAAGGAACACUGCAGAUACUGAUAUAACCAAACCCAUUUAUCUUUGCAGGUCUCGAAGGGCCACUAUUGUGAAGGUGCAUCUGCUUUGUGGAAAAAUAUAAUGAGAAAUUCAGGGGUAUAUACAACAAUAUACUGGAACGGAAAUUAUUUAUCAUGCAGCUGUUUUAACGCAGCUAAGAUGGGGGCACAUAGGGAGAUGCCAUUGAACAAGAAAUAAAGGGUAAGACCAGUCCUACAGUCCUGAGACACACAAAAUGCCCAUUGAUUUUGGCAGGAGUUUUGUGUGAGUUUGGAUUGUGGGAUCAGAUGACCCGACUCUCAGGAGACUUACUCCCUCUUCUUGUCUCACCCCCCUGCUCACCUUUGCUCUUCUCUUUUAAGACCCUCUUUGGGGGAGAAACACCUUCAAGGUAGCUCCUAGGGCCUAGCCUGGCACAUCCUCACCCUUUUCUCCUAUUGACAUUUACGAGUACCUAAGCACACGCACAAGAGGAAUUGUGGAAUUAACAAAACAGACGCCUUACCUUGCCAUUCAGUCACACUUUGACCUCUCCGUCCUCUUGUCGGUAUGUCAUCUAAUUAGCUCAAGAUCUGCAAGUGACCUUUGGCCGGAUUCUGACUGCACUUACACCAGCAUAACUUAGUUGACUUCACUAGAACUACUCCUGCUUUAUAAAGAUAUCAGAGCACAGUGGGGCCGGUUGCCGUCAUCUGUCUAUAAAGAACCUAGCAACAAAUAGUAAAUAAAGAUACAUCGAACUUAAACCCACAUUCCCGUCCCUCCAUUUUCGACCUCUUUUAUCCUUCAAAUUAGGCCAUUUACUGUCUAUACACUUCGACAGCCCCAUCGUUGUAAUGCUGAGCAACUCACAAACAUUAAUGAAUGUAGCUCACCACAUCCUUGUUAGGUAGCUCAGUAUUACAAUUCCCAUUUUACAGAUGUGGACUCAGAUAUAGAAAUAUUAUGGUUGGGAUUUUCAUAGGAGCCUUGGGGAGUUAGAUACCCACCGCCAACUGUAUUUCAUUGGGAGCUGGGUCUUUAACUCCCUUAGGCUCUUUUCAAACUCCCAGCCUAAGUGGCUUGCCCAGGAUCAGAAAGUCUGUAGCGGAGACUAGAUUUGAAUCCAGAUCCAGGUCAGAGUCUUAACUGUGGGCUUGUACUUCCUUAUCCCCUCUUUCCAUGCAUAUAACUGCCAUGUAAUGAGUCGGACUAGAUUGUCACAAUGGUCCCUUCUGGCCUUAUAAUCUAUGAAUUUUUGCAUCUUUGCCUGCUUCAACUAUGAGAAAAUAACUGACACUGUCCCAAAAGUUCAGACUAGGUACAGUGAUUGCAUGACAACCCCCCCACAAAGCAAACGGAAACCAAAAUCGAAUCAAAUGUUAAAAUAAAACAAAAAAAGAGAUUAAUUUUGAGAAGACAACAAUGUAAACAGUAAAGGUUGCUAAUGACUAAUGACUGUUUUACUUGGAUUCUAUGUUUUAAAAAAAAUAUCUCUGUGAACGCUUUCCAGAUUGUGAAAGCUUUAUUGGGUAAAGAGAAAAGUCAGUGGUUUAAUGGGAUGGAACAAUUCACCUGGCACUAGGCUAUACACCUGUCCUCUAAAUGAUCCCACAUAUUUCCCUCUUGUGUUCCCAUCUGUCAACAAUUAAGCUAUAAUUGGUGGAAAUGGAAUUUAUCCUAGACAAGUGCUGAUUAGUUUAGCGAUAGUUGGGUUGGAAGCAUAUGGAAAAACUGCACACGGAUAAGAAUAUGUGGAAUAAUCAGUCCUUUUCACAUAUUCUAUGGGAGGAAAAGAUAUGUAACAUUAAUGGAUCAAAAUGAUUACGUAUGACAUACACUUAUCUAUGGAAAAAAUGUUUGCUGUUUUUCUUGCAGUUCAGAGUUCUUUGAUGCCAAUAAUGACAAUUUUCAAAUGUACUGAUUUAUUCUAAAUAAUUGUAACCUUUACAGAGGCAGACUGCAACUCAUUUUUACUCUGAUACUUUCUAACACUGGAAAUUAAAAUGCUUUCCUUUCUGUUAAGCCUGGAAUUUAGAGUCUCCCACUCACCCACACACAUAUACACACCAGCUGUAGCUCCACAAAAGAAUUUUGAUUGUAGUGGUUAUCUUUGGAGAGCCACAGAUUUCAGAUGGUUGCUACCUUCCUAUAAUUUUAAAGGUAUGUCAUUAUGAUUGGCUAUUUAUACUGGGUGAAAUUCACCCCAUAGAGAGGGGUACAUUUCGCCUAGUAAGAACAUCCACACACAAUACCAGUACAUAACGCUGGCAAAUUUUGCCUUCUAUUUGGCAAACCCUGAUUCAUUAUAAUUCUAAUGCAACAGAAACCCUCAUAUCUGCUUUAGGAGACAUAACUCCGCUCAAGCCUUAACAUAACGGAAGAGGCGUCAUCAGAAGCAUGCAGAACGUUGGGAGCUGUCUGUAGUUUAGUGACUAGUACGAGCUCAUCUGUUUCUCAGUGCACUGUCACUUAUGUGUUUAUCAAUCUCACAGUGCACUAACGGGGUAUUUUUAAAAGUGGAACUAGAUUUCAAUUCUGUAGGACAUUUUCAACCAGUUCUUAAGCAUGUUAAAGCUCAAGUGCAACCCUAACAUGAAAAUCUGAUGUAAGCACAGGUUUAUUCAAUGGUAAAAGUGGCGUUAAUGUAGAGUUAAGAUUGCUUGGUGGUAUGUCGUCCCUUUGCGCAACAUUGAGUUGAGCAAAACUCAAACUUUUGAAAACCAGGAAAUGGAGAAUUAAGGUUUGCCCAUGCGACCUUAACUCUGCCCUUGUUCAGCAAUGCCCCAAUACGCCCUGUAACCACACCUAUCUUUACUCUGCCUGGCCCAUUCACUCUUACCCACCAAAUCCCAUGUCAUGCCAUUAAAGAACAAAUAGGAAAAAAAAUUAAAAAUUGCCUGUGCCACCUUCCCUCUAUCCUCUAUUGAACAAUGCCUCAAUAUGCACGUAGCACAUACUCAUGUUGGUCCUUGGUACUAUAAGCUUCAGGAGGUUCUAGAUUCUGGUGCACACUCACACACUUAGCCAACUCCCCAGAAAGAAUACUACACAUGUUCGAUCUAAGAACCACUUCACAUUAUGGGCAACCUUAACUCUGCAUUUCCUAGAGCUUUAGUUUUGCUCAACUCAGCAUUCUGCAAGACAAUGACAUAUCACCAAGCAACCUUAACGCUAUGUUAAUGCAGUUUUUUGCCAUUGAAUUUCCUAGGUUUUUUUUUUGGAAGAUGCACGGAUAUGUUGUUGGUAGGAGUCAUUUAGGCAGUUGUACAUAUUAUGUCCCACUAUUAACCAGUCACCUCUUCAGCCCCCAUGUGCACACACUCACUGUGCCCCACCAGUCCUUCUCCAGAAUACCUCCCAAGCCAUGCCCCCGACCCACUGAAAAUGUUCCCCCCUAAAACCUGGCACCCUCCCCACUACUGUACCCAGGUCUCCUCAACACAAGCAGGGAAUGCAUCUCCCUAAAGCCUUGACUCCCUGGCAUACUGUAGUAGGAAGAGAGCCUGAGACAUAAGCCCUUAUAUCAGAGGCCUGGUAUGAGGCAGGACCUGCUCACAGAAUCUGGCAAGACCAGGGCUAAUAUUGCAGAAAUACACAUUCCUAAGAAGUGCAAGUCACAAAGUACUCAUGCAAACACAUCCUAAUAUCAAGUGGUAACAGAACAUCCUAAUAUCAAAGAUGGUAUAAAAACUUUCCCCAAGGAUAACAGGAACACACUGACCCUGCCUUAAAGAUAAGGCCGGGAUGACAGUACGUAAUAAAAAUGUUUUAAUCGAAUCAACAGGUACAGGGUGAUGGGUAAUAACUAGCUACGUCAGGGGGCAGUAACUAACUAUGUCAGAGGGGCAGUACUAACUUGUUUGUAUUGGGGUAUAAAGAUGUAUCUCAGAGCAAGUAUCUUUGUCUAGCCUAGGGAGGAAUGGAAAGUCCCGCUGUUCACUGAGCUGGUCCAUUGUUACAGGCAUACAUGUAUUAGUGGUCUGGUAGAGUCUGCAGGAUGCCAGUACCAUGCUUCGUCGACAAUAAACCUGGGUGGGUGCCUUCGUCCCUUCCCGAAUCUUGUGGUCAUUGGAGGGGUUCACUCGAGGUCUGCCGUGCCAGCCAUCUGCACAGGGCUGGGGCAGCACACAGAAGGAACACACACACACAGCCAAACAUCUGUCAACAUCUAACCACACAUAUCAAUGUUUCUAUUGCUGUUACUUCCCUCCUCUUAUAACCUGACUCAUAUCCAGGGCCUGGCGUGAAGGACAACUAUGUGACAGUGGAAAAGUUCUGGGGUGCUGGAAGGUUGGGCUCCACUGGCAGAAUUGGGGGGUGCCGUGUCUCCCUUACCUGAACCCCCAACCUCUUUCACCUCGCCUAUCAUCCAUCCCCGUUUACCCCUCCCCAUAAUCCUUUCCCCUUUCUACACACCCACUCCACUGCCACCUAAUACACAUUCCUUCCCAGGAUGCAUUCACUUGUCUAAUUUUUUCCCUCCAAAGACUUCAAUUAUAUCCCCCCCAAAAUAAAAUUAUCACCCAUGACUCACAAUCACAGCAACCUCCAGGCACUCCGUCCAAAGCUCUUUUUGUCUUCGGUGGGGGCUUGUGAUUAACUUACCCUUCGAUAUGUUGAUUGAAAGAUGAGCUCACAUCAGCUAUCAAGAAGCGUGAGAGUCAUCCAGCCAUUAGAACCUUUCAGUUUAACAGUACAAGGCAUCAGAAAUAAACUGUGCUUGGAGGGACAAAAUCUUGGGAACCCCUUGGUCAAGUGACCCCAAAUUUGAGUCACUAAAGCUGUCCCACAUCCCCACAAGGCACACCACAUUUCAAAGGAAUCCAACUAACCUUUUGGAUUUUAGAGCACUUACUGCAGUCGAGCUUUAAAGCUUAGAAAAUGGCAGAGCUGGAACCCUCUCGAGCUGUUUUUCUGCAUUGACAUGUGCACAGUGCAAAAAUAUACAUUUUCUUAAAUACCGUUCUCAAGCUGGGUCCGCCGAAGAUUUAGGGGGUACCAUGCACUACCUUGGGUAAAGCUCAAUAGACUGAGACCAUUUUGACUCAGAGCUCAUCAACGGUUUCUUCAACUCUGGGCAAAAAAUUCCCCCAAAACCAAAACCAUACAACCCCCCUACAAACGUCUUUAAAAAUGGCUAUUUUUUCAGGGAUUAUAUCUCCAGAACCCCUGGCUCUAAUUGACUACAAGUUUAGGUCAUUAACCCUACCCUGCUCCCUCCAGAAGAACACCAAAUCUCAGACAAACGCAAUGACACACAUCAAUUUUAGAAGACUUAGAAAGGCUGAUCUUAAAUAAAUAUCAUGAUGCAACUUUAACUACAAUCUUACUCCCUUACCACUAUAAUAUUCCAAAUGCCCUUGCUAACCAGUGUGCAUGAGGACAUCAUUUAGCAUAGAAAUAAGUAAUAAAUGUAUCUUGUUAGUAUAUUUAGGCUCUGCGACAUCCUUCCGGCAACACCUGAUUUACUAGCUUCAGUGGUCACCAUUAUAAAGUCAAUGUGUACCUUUAGUCGACAUGUAAAAUCUAAAAUACUACAGUUAUUUCCUAUUCUAAGCAUAUGGGAAAUGGCAAUGGUAUGUUCACUUAUAUUGUGUGGUAAAUGUUGGCAUAGGUUGAUUUUCUAAAUGGUAACCAUAGAUACCAUGGGUUGUGAUGACACUUGUGUUAUUUGAUGUCAUAGAAUUAUGCCUGCUGGGUAGAAUGUAGCUAGCAAGCCAGGAAGUGCCAUGAGGAAGAUUUCACAGCAUGUAAAAUAAGUGUUUAAGUGGUUAAAAUGUAAUUCUGAAUAGGAGGUGUGGGGGGAAGGAGCGUGCUCAGUACAGCAUCUUUGUAGAAUAAAAUUGCCAGCCUCUAACCAACCUCUAUGGAGCAGGUGAGAACUACGAUUUUCAGAGGCUUAUAGCUUGACUGAGUUUGGGUGGAGUUUUCCAGGGAUGGCAAAAGGCAAAACUAGCGUGAUGCCUUUGCCAAAUUUCAAGUCCCUGCUCCAAAGCAUAGAGUCGCUAGAGCUUCUCAAUGAAACAGUUGUAAAAAAAUUUUAAUAUGGGCAAAAAGAGGUAUUUUUUUCCUGACCUCAUUCUCAGAAAUAGCAGAACCAUUUUAGCUUUUUUUUUUAAUUCAUCCUGAGGCAGAUACUUGGCCUAUGAAAUUUCAGCCUAAACGGUUAAAGUUUGGUAAAGUUAUAAGGAAUUAAAAACAGGGCUUUAGAAUGAGAAAUGUCAAUCAAUCUUAAAUAUAGGCAUAGUGUGUGUGUAUAGUACUGUCAUUGUUCACAUGCCAUGAAAAAUGGUUUCAACAUGCUGGCUUAGGAGAAGAUUUAAAUA